CCUUUUGUAAUAUUUUGGCGUGACAUUACCCGCUCCAUACGAAGUCUAAAACCCCUUAAACCCUAAAUUAUCCUCUCUUCCUCUUUCGCGCCUCUGCAACCACUGUAGAACCAACUAGAGAUGAAUACACUUGUCGGAGAAGAAAACGCCGACGGCGAAGCCAGCACAAGAAGAAUCCAAGUCCGUUUCAUUACUAAGUUAUCCGAACCUUUCAAAGUUCCAUCCUCAGCCAUCGCCAUCCCCGCUGAUCUCACCAGAUUCGGCCUCUCAUCUCUCGUUAACGCCCUUCUCCAAUCCAAAUAUGAUGAUUAUGAACCUGAACCGUUUGAUUUUUUGAUCGAUGGCGAGUUUGUUCGUAUGUCACUUGAGGAGUUUCUUCUUGCCAAGGGAAUCUCUGCGGAAAGGAUAUUGGAAAUUGAGUACACAAGGGUUGUUGCCCCACGGAAGGAAGAAGAUCCUUCUUUACACGAUGAUUGGGUCAGUGCUGUUGAUGGUUCUUCUUCUCGGUUUAUUUUCACAGGAUGCUAUGAUGGUUUUGGAAGGGUAUGGAAAGGUGCUGGGUUAUGUACACAUAUACUGGAGGGACAUAGUGAUGGAAUCACUUCUGUUAGUGUCUUGAACCCAGAAGGUGUGGAAACUGUAACUUUAGCUACUGCUUCAAAAGACCGUACACUAAGGCUAUGGAAGAUCAAUACUGAAGAGGCUAUCAACGAUCCUGUGAGGGUUAGAGCUUACAAAAUCUUGCGUGGUCACAAGUCUUCUGUACAGAGCGUUGCAGCCCAGAAUAAUGGAGAAAUGGUUUGUUCUGGUUCUUGGGAUUGCACCAUCAAUUUAUGGCGAAUCAAUGACUUUAAUGCAGAAAAUGAUCUAGUGACAAAGAAGAGAAAAGUUGAAGGUCAAGUUGAGGACUCUCAAUUAGAGGGAGAAGCUUUUACAACACUUGUGGGCCAUACACAGUGUGUGUCUUCUGUGGUUUGGCCACAACGAGAAUCAAUCUAUUCUGCAUCUUGGGAUCAUUCUAUUAGGAAAUGGGAUGUGGAGACCGGCAAAAACUUGUCAGAUAUAUUUUGUGGGAAGGCUCUUAACUGCCUUGACAUUGGAGGGGAAGGUUCUGCUCUGAUAGCUGCCGGUGGUUCUGACCCGGUCGUUAGGAUUUGGGAUCCUCGUAAACCAGGCACUUCUGCUCCUGUUCUUCAGUUUGCUUCUCAUACUUCUUGGAUAACAACUUGCAAAUGGCAUGAUAAUUCUACGUUUCAUUUACUUUCUGCAUCUUAUGAUGGGAAAGUCAUGUUAUGGGAUCUUAGAACUGCGUGGCCUCUUUCAGUCAUUGAAUCACACAGCGACAAGGUACUGUCUGCUGACUGGUGGAAAGGUGACAGUGUGAUCAGUGGUGGAGCAGAUUCAAAACUUUGCAUUUCUUCAGAAAUUCCUGUACAAUGACAUAAAUUUUGAUCAUACUAUCUCUCAUAUAGGGAAUUAUCUGAGUUUUAAGCCAAUUUUGUCAGAAGCACAACUGCUGCUAGUGUUUUAUCAGGUGCUGUAAACAACAUUCUUACUGUGUUUUUCUAAUUGCUAAUGAUAUAAACUCUUAAAAUUAUUCACAACUUUGAACUCAUUUUACA